AUGACUUCUAUAAUAAGUCUGGCCAAGACUGCAAUGGUUUUAUCUGCCAUAUGCUUUUUUACAAACUCUGAUGGAAGACCAAUGAUGAAAAGAUCAGUGAGUGAGAUGCAAUUAAUGCAUAACCUUGGAGAGCAUCGACACACUGUGGAAAGACAGGACUGGCUUCAGAUGAAACUGCAGGAUGUGCACAGUGCCCUUGAGGAUGCUAGGACCCAGGGGCCUCGAAACAAGGAUGAUAUCGUCCUGGGGGAGAUAAGAAGUCGGAGGCUGCUCCCUGAGAAUUUGCGGGCACCAGGGCAGAAAAAAAACAUCGAUCUGGACAAAGCUUAUAUGGAUGUACUCUUUAAAAGAAAGCCAUAAUGAAAAGACCAAGAGCAUUAUAUCUGUCCAAGUAAGCAUGUGUCUGUAGAUCACUUAUCAAGUAGGGCA